AUGCUAGGAAACAGUGUACCAGCCCUAGUGAUCGAAAGAUCAGUGACAAAAUCAACCAUAGAAGCCACUUCUGAAGAGACACAGACACCAGUUUCCCAAUCAGAUCUUCUCACAACACCUGGUCUGUGGAACCCCUUGACUACAGACUAUGCUUCUUUGUCUCCCACGGAGGCAUCCCUGGCAACAGCUGCGGUAGAAGAUAGCACUACAGAGGAUACUGGGACUACUGGUGCAAUAGCUACUCACACCCAGUCCACAAGCCAGCCAGGCACCUGGCUCCCCAACUCCACACCUGUAACACCAAAUAUAGGGAGUGAGGCAGGUUUGGCCCUGAGGCUGGUGAAUGGAGGUGACCGGUGUCAGGGCCGCGUGGAGGUCCUGUACCAAGGCUCCUGGGGCACCGUGUGUGAUGAUGAUUGGGACACCAAUGACGCCAACGUGGUGUGCAGGCAACUGGGCUGUGGCUGGGCCAUGUCGGCCCCGGGAAGUGCCCGCUUUGGUCAGGGCUCAGGGCCCAUUGUCCUGGACAACGUGCGCUGCUCUGGGCAUGAGUCCGACCUGUGGCGCUGCCCCCACAACGGCUGGAACUCGCACAACUGUGGCCAUGGUGAGGACGCCAGUGUCAUCUGCUCAGCUGCCCAGUCUCAGCCGACGAUCACACCAGACUGGUGGUAUACAAGUCCUUCCUACGGGAACGAGACAGGUUUGUCCCUGAGGCUGGUGAAUGGAAGUGACCAGUGUCAGGGCCGCGUGGAGGUCCUGUACCGAGGCUCCUGGGGCACCGUGUGUGACGACAGCUGGGACACCAAUGACGCCGACGUGGUGUGCAGGCAGCUGAGCUGUGGCUGGGCCGUGUCGGCCCCGGGAAGUGCCCGCUUUGGUGAGGGCUCAGGGCCCAUUGUCCUGGACGACGUGCGCUGCUCCGGGCAAGAGUCCUACCUGUGGCGCUGCCCCCACAACGGCUGGAACUCGCACAACUGUCGCCAUGGGGAGGACGCCAGUGUCAUCUGCUCAGGGAACGAGGCAGGUUUGUCCCUGAGGCUGGUGAAUGGAGGUGACCGGUGUCAGGGCCGCGUGGAAGUCCUGUACCGAGGCUCCUGGGGCACCGUGUGUGACGACGACUGGGACAUCAAUGACGCCAACGUGGUGUGCAGGCAGCUGGGCUGUGGCUGGGCCGUGUCGGCCCCGGGAAGUGCCCGCUUUGGUCAGGGCUCAGGGCCCAUUGUCCUGGACAACGUGCGCUGCUCCGGGCAAGAGUCCUACCUGUGGCGCUGCCCCCACAACGGCUGGAACUCGCACAACUGUGGCCAUGGUGAGGACGCCAGUGUCAUCUGUUCAGCUGCCCAGUCCCAGCCCACGACCACACCAGACUGGUGGUAUACAAGUCCUUCCUACGGGAACGAGACAGGUUUGUCCCUGAGGCUGGUGAAUGGAAGUGACCAGUGUCAGGGCCGCGUGGAGGUCCUGUACCGAGGCUCCUGGGGCACCGUGUGUGACGACAGCUGGGACACCAAUGACGCCGACGUGGUGUGCAGGCAGCUGAGCUGUGGCUGGGCCGUGUCGGCCCCGGGAAGUGCCCGCUUUGGUGAGGGCUCAGGGCCCAUUGUCCUGGACGACGUGCGCUGCUCCGGGCAAGAGUCCUACCUGUGGCGCUGCCCCCACAACGGCUGGAACUCGCACAACUGUCGCCAUGGGGAGGACGCCAGUGUCAUCUGCUCAGGGAACGAGGCAGGUUUGUCCCUGAGGCUGGUGAAUGGAGGUGACCGGUGUCAGGGCCGCGUGGAAGUCCUGUACCGAGGCUCCUGGGGCACCGUGUGUGACGACGACUGGGACAUCAAUGACGCCAACGUGGUGUGCAGGCAGCUGGGCUGUGGCUGGGCCGUGUCGGCCCCGGGAAGUGCCCGCUUUGGUCAGGGCUCAGGGCCCAUUGUCCUGGACAACGUGCGCUGCUCCGGGCAAGAGUCCUACCUGUGGCGCUGCCCCCACAACGGGUGGAACUCACACAACUGUGGCCAUGGUGAGGACGCCAGUGUCAUCUGUUCAGCUGCCCAGUCCCAGCCCACGAUCAGACCAGAUUGGUGGUAUACGAGUUCUUUCUAUGGAAAUGAAUCAGGUUUGGCUCUGAGGCUGGUGAAUGGAAGUGACCGGUGUCAGGGCCGCGUGGAGGUCCUGUACCGAGGCUCCUGGGGCACUGUGUGUGACGACGACUGGGACACCAAUGACGCCAACGUGGUGUGCAGUCAGCUGGGCUGUGGCCGGGCCGUGUCGGCCCCGGGAAGUGCCCGCUUUGGUCAGGGCUCAGGGCCCAUUGUCCUGGACAACGUGCGCUGCUCCGGGCAAGAGUCCUACCUGUGGCGCUGCCCCCACAACGGCUGGAACACGCACAACUGUGGCCACGGGGAGGAUGCAGGUGUCAUCUGCUUAGCCUCCCAGAGCACCUCUACUACCCCAGGACCCUCUUCAAAUUGUGGUGGCUUCUUAUUCAAUGCCAGCGGGACAUUUUUCAGCCCAUCUUACCCUGGAUACUACCCCAACAAUGCUGAGUGUGUCUGGGAAAUAGAAGUGAACCCCGGCUAUCGCAUAAAUCUGGGAUUCAACAGUCUGCAGCUGGAGGUGAACAGCAAUUGCAAUUUCGAUUAUGUCGAAAUCUCUGAUGGACCGCUGAACAGCAGUAACUUGCUGGGGAAAAUUUGUAAUGGCACCAGGCAAAUAUUCACCUCUUCUUACAACCGAAUGACCGUUCGAUUUCGAAGUGACAUCAGUAUCCAAAGCACCGGCUUUUCUGCUUGGUAUAACUCCUUUCCUCAAGAUGCCAGCCUGAGAUUAGUCAGUUCAAAUUCCUCCUAUGGUGCCUGUGCCGGGCGUGUGGAAAUUUACCACAAUGGCAUAUGGGGGACGGUUUGUGAUGACUCCUGGGACAUUCAGGAUGCCCAAGUGGUCUGCAGACAGCUGCGGUGUGGAUAUGCAGUGUCAGCCCUGGGAAAUGCCCAUUUUGGGCCCGGCUCUGGUCCCAUCACCCUGGACGAUGUGGUGUGCUCCGGGACAGAAUCUACUCUCUGGCAGUGCCGGAACCGAGGCUGGUUCUCCCAUGACUGUGCCCACCGGGAAGAUGCCGGAGUCAUUUGCUCAGGAAGCUACCCAACAACACAGGCUCCUGUUUACAACGUCACCUACCCGAACACAAAUUACUCCUGUGGAGGCUUCCUGUCCCAACCAUCAGGGCACUUUUCCAGCCCGUUCUAUCCUGGGAACUAUCCAAACAAUGCCAAAUGCCUGUGGGACAUCGAGGUCCGAAACAACUACCGUGUGACUGUUGUCUUCAGAGAUGUCCAGCUUGAAGGAGGCUGUAACUACGACUAUAUCGAAGUGUUUGACGGCCCCUCCCACAGCUCCCCUCUGAUUGCCCGCGUUUGUGAUGGAGCCAGGGGCUCCUUCACUUCAUCAUCGAACUUCAUGUCCAUUCGCUUCGUCAGCGAUGGCAGCAUCACAAAGAGGGGCUUCCAGGUCGACUACUAUUCCCGUCCUUCCAAUGACAGCACCCAGCUGCUUUGUCUGCCAAAUCACAUGCAAGCCAGUGUGAGCAGGAGCUACCUCCAAUCCUUGGGCUACUCUGCCCGGGACCUUUUCAUUCCCAGCUGGAAUGAAAGCUACCGGUGUCAGCCCCAGAUAACGGCCAGCCAGGUGACAUUCACAAUUCCAUACUCAGGCUGUGGCACCAUCAAGCAGGCCAAUAAUGAUACCAUCAUCUAUUCCAACUUCCUCGAAGCAGCUGCUUCAAAUGCCAUCAUCAAGAGGCAUAAGGACUUCCGCAUUCAUAUCAGCUGCAGGAUGCUCCAGAACACCUGGAUUGACACCAUGUACAUUGCUAAUGACACCGUCGACAUCAAGGAAGUGCAGUAUAGCAGUUUCAACGUGAACCUUUCCUUUUAUACAUCAUCUUCAUUUUUGUAUCCUGUGACCAGCAGUCCGUACUAUGUGGACCUGAACCAGAACUUGUACCUUCAAGCGGAGAUCCUCCAUUCUGAUGCCUCCUUGGCCUUGUUUGUGGAUACCUGUGUGGCGUCCCCAUAUUCCAAUGACUUUACAUCUUUGACUUACGAUCUUAUCCGGAGUGGGUGCGCCAAGGACAGAACCUACCAAUCUUACUCUCCGCCCUCGCCUCGCAUUGCCCGCUUCAAAUUCAGUUCCUUCUACUUCCUGAAGCGCUUCCCCUCCGUGUACCUGCGGUGUAAAAUGGUGGUGUGCCGGGCAGACGACUACUUCUCCCGCUGCCGCAGAGGCUGCAUCGUGAGGUCCAAGAGGGACGUGGGCUCCUACCAGGAGAAGGUGGACGUCGUCCUGGGACCCAUUCAGCUGCAGGCCCCGCAGGCUGUGGAGAGGAGCCUGGCCAGGUGGCCGCCCUCCCGCCCCUAGGCCUGUGGCCCGCGGGGACCCGGGAUGAUUCUGUGGGUGUCGUGGUCCACCUCAAAUCGGGCACCCACCGUGCGCCAGGCCUGCCGUGCCACACCGGGUGAUGCGGAGUUCGCUAGAUCUGCUUCCCGCCUUCUUCCAUCGGCUCCCGGUCUACGGGGGACCAUGUGUAGUGCUUGGGCAAGAGAGUUCUCCCCCGUGACACCGAUACCUUUGUCCUCUGGGAUCUGAACUCCCAGAACCUCAUACUCCUCAGCUGUAACACAAAAAUGCUAAUACUUCCCUAUUAGGACUGUUGAGGAGCUACAAUAAAAUAAUGUUAAACUGC